AUGAACCACGUACCUGUUGCUAUUGUCACCGGUGCCACUAGAGGUAUCGGUAAAGCCAUUGCGUCUCGAUUAUCGAAGGAAGGUAUGAGUUGCGUAUUAAUUGGGUCUACAGAACAAAGUAUCUCUCAAAUUACAGUACAAGAACAUUUACAUUUUGUCAAUCCAUACCAGAAACAUCGUGCAUUGGCUAUUGAUUUAUCGCAAUGGCCUCAGUGGACGUUAAAUUCAAAGGGAACAUAUCCUGGCAGAGAUUUUCAAGGGGACACUAGUGAUAAGAUCCUAUCAGGCCAAUAUCGAUUAUUUCCAAAGGUAAACCAACAACUGUGGGAUACACCUAGAACUCAAUAUUUUAUAAGUUUAUUAGUCAAUUGUGCAGGGGUUGCACAACAUUCAUUGAGUGUAAGGUCCUCUACUGAACAAAUUGCAAGAAUCAUGAAUUUAAAUUUUGCCAGUUGUGUGACUCUUUCUAAUUUAGCUACAAAACAAAUGAUGAAGACUGUACGACAAGAUUUAUCAUCAAAACAUUGCAUCCCAGGAUAUGUCUCACCGUGUAUCAUAAACAUUUCGUCGAUUUUAGGAGAACCAAACAUGACCAUCCCCGGAACAACAGUAUACUCUGCUUCAAAGGCUGCAUUGACUCAAUACACAAGAGUUCUCACACAAGAAAUAACCACCUGGGGCAUACGUGCGGAAUCCGUCUCGCCAGGUCUUGUCUCUGGAACAGACAUGACUAAUGAGAUGGAUCCCACCGCAAAGGCUCAAUUAGUAGAUUCUCUGAUAGGUCUACCGACUCAUACCCCAGAUGAAGUAGCCGCAAAGGUAUGGCAGAUAUACUCCGGUAACAACAGCAGCACCUGCACCUGA